UGUAAAUAACAAAUUUUUACAAGAAUAUUUAGUUCCGAAGUGAAAUAUGAAAGUUAUUUUGUUAUAUUUACUACGAAAAAAGAAACAUAUUGAACAUUUUGAAUCGUAACUUGUAAGCUGGUCAAGCAGGCAUUAGCAAGCAAUCAUACCCCACGGACCAAUAACUCAAAAGAAUAUUUCCAUAAAGCGCUGAACACAUCUUACUAUGGAAAUUGAGUGGCAAGCGCGACGCGCGCAAUGCUAAGGCCCAUAGAGACGAUGAUUGCUAAACAAACAACAAUAAAAAAAAAAAGAAAUAGCAAUAGCGAGAGUGCGGGGGUUAUAAGCACUAUACUUCUCUGAAUAGACAAGCGAACAAUAAAAAUUAGGCGCAUAUAAUGGGAAAACAAGCACAAGGAAUACACCGGGGAGUAGGUAGAUUGGCAGCUUCGAGCACAAAAAACCCGUGGGAAAUUGCAGAAAUGUAUUUACAAUAUUCUAAAUAUAAAUAUUGUAGAACGAAAAAUAGCGCAAAAACGCUCAAACGCAUACACAUACGUGUAGCCUAGAACAAAGUAUUAAAAUAAGCGAGUUGUGAAGCAGCUGAGCUUUCACAACCAAAGAAAGCACAUUUCACUCCUUUUUCCUUCUUCAAAUCAUCAACCCCGGUGCACGACGGAAAUACUUAAUUUGCUGUGUUGCCACACUUCCGCAAUCAAUACAGCGAGAUAGACAAGACAAGUACUAAGAUUCAGAGCAAAGUGGGGUCAAUAGAAUGGAAAGAGUGACGGAAGAUUUUUUGUUUUGUUGUUGUGCAACAACUCAAUCAAUCAAAAAGCCGUUAAGUGCAUUUCAUAUUCACGCUUCAAUGAACAAUUAACGGAUACAACGAAGUAGAGAAUCGUAAAUGUAUAAUAGAUAACGCAUAAAGGGGGCAAAAGACUUCUCGUGAGAGGGGAGUAGAAGGAAGAAACUCAAGUAUUGAUGCAAAUGAAACAAAAACCUAAUGACUUGUUUAUUAAAUGACUGGAACAUAAAGAUGAUCCGCACCGGCGCUUCACUUGUCGUCGGCGAUGAAAAUCAACCAAGCGAGCCCAGCAACUACUAUGGCGACACCUCGGGCGUACAACCGGCAUCAACGCGGCGUCGGCAAUCCGCCAGCAACAUGCGCGGACGUACAAGGCGACCAGCAGUGAGUGGCGAUGAGAGUGGCCAACAGCAAUAUUGGCGCGGUAGAGUGGAAAAUGACAAUACCCCCGGCAAUCCGAGCCAAGGGCGUGACGAAUUGCGCGGGGGUGGCAGUCGGAAACGCAAACAACCCGCCAUACGUGAACCCCUGGCCGCGCUCGAAAAGGAGCAGAAGUUGUAUGAGCUGCGCGAUAAGCAACGCCAGGAGACUGCACCGAGUGGCAGCGCACGCGAUAAAUCCUAUCGGCGGCCUUACUCGCAAGCAAAGAAGGAUGCUGAACUGACAGUUGGUUUAAGUGCGUCCGGCGCGAGCGGGAAAACAGCCGUCGACUUGAAACAUAUACUCAAGAACGCCGGCGGUUUGAGUUUGAGUGAGAUUUUGCAGCAGAAAAAUCUAUCGUUGGACGAUCUGCUGAAGGGCAAACAGAACGCAUUGCAGGUGUUGCAGAGUACAGCAGCGGCACCGCAGCCACAGCCACCGCCGACACCGACCAAGACGCUCGACAGUAAACCUAUUAAGCCAAUGCGCCGUGUGCCGUAUUUUAGUAGUGUUGAGGAGGCUGCGGACGGCGUAACGCAACAAACGCAUACAGAGGGCGAUUUUGACUUGAGUGUAGAGUCGCGCACCACACCAGACGCAACGGCGCCCGACGUUGAUGCACAACUGCGUAGCAAAGUGAAGAUGCCGACAUUGCAUCGCUUGAAAUAUUUCAGCAGUUCAACACGCGUUGCUGCGGGUAGUACAACGAGACGAGUUAGCACGCCGCCAAGCGCCACAACCACAACUAGCACCACGACUACCACUACGACAACUCGCUUGCCGAUUUAUAAGAAGAAUUUUAUGCUGCGCUCCACGCUUAAGCCGACGUUUAUGCUAAAGAAUGUUAUAUCCUCAGCGCCAUCAAGCGCGGAGCCGGAUACAAGCGACGAGACAAACUUUGAGGAAAAACUGACCACCACCAUAGUCAACAAUAGAUACAAUAGGGAGCCGACGGCGGUAGGCGACGAGGGGUUGGAUGAACAGGAGCUCGCUGCAGAUGAGAAACCGGAUGUGAAGACAGUUACCCCAGACAACGCAGAUACCGAGGAGCAACAAGAGGAGGAGUACCUGCGGGAUGAAGAGGAAACAGAUGUGCAACCUACAAGUAAAUUCGACUUUGCUGAGCGGGACUUACAUUACGACUUGCCCAAAACCAGCAUCAGCACCACGCUCAGCACGACGCCGACUACGCUUGCCACAACCAAGCUCACCAUAGCACCGAAGCUCGCGUCAAGCGCACCAAGCAGCCAAGCCACGUCUACAACGAGCGAAAACGCAGCUGGUGAGCGGACAAAACCCGCACUAGGUACACAAUCAAAUCUAAAAACGAACUCCAUUGAGACAGAUGACACACGUGUGCAGUCACGAGAUGCCAACGUCGAAAUUAAUGGUCUUGAGAAUUUCUUCGGCGGCGAAACAACCGCAACUAAGCAACAACGUGCAAAGUCCACCACCGCCGUCGUGGAAAACAUUACGCCCCGCAUCGAUUACGUGAAGCCAGCCAUACCCGGCGAUACCUAUAGCUAUCAGGACUCUGUGCCCGACUUUGACGGCGUAGACGAUCGCACCGACCUACUCGAGCUCAUUGAAGAUCGUCGCUCCGGGAAUCGGCUCUUUAAAGUGCUUGAGCAGCGCAACAUGACGCUCGAGGAGCUCAUCGAACAUCGCAAACGUGGCUCCAGCCAACUACACUUGGCCACAGUCGUACAAAAUCGUUCGCGAUUUUUUCCCGGUCAGAAAGUCGUUCUACACGACAACAUGGAUAUUGUUACAGCAUUUGAAAACUUUCCGCAUUUCAAUUUGAUGGAUUUGAAGAGUGUCAAACCGGACGAUAUAAAGACGGACUCGCAAGGAGCCAGCUACUUUACCUCCAUCAUCGACAUCGAGCCGACGGAUGAGAUAUAUAAGGAUGAGACUGGCGGCGGAGGCGGAAAAGGUUCCGCCAUACAACCACAACGAACAGAAAAAGCUGUAGGUUUUUUUCCCUCCUGGAAAACUUUGGCACUUGCCUCACUAGCCACCAGUACGCGCAACGACGCGUCCACCAAACGCAACCCAUUCUUUUUACAACCGCCACAGAUGCUGCUCGAAAACACUUCCGUUGAGUUGGACGACAACGAUUUUCUCUUAGACAACGAAACAAAUACAAAGAUGUACGUGGAGCCACCGCAACAGCAGGAGCUGACCGCCGCGCAGCUAGAAAUCGCCAGUCUUAACCACAUCGACACCGUUGAGGCAAUUGAGAACGAGGUGGCGCGUGCCCACGACCUGCUCGAUCUCGAGCUAUCCGGUCAUGGCUUCAAGCGCAGCCCGGCGACCGCAGCUGUAUCCAUAGCCAACAGCCAAAGCAACAUCUACAGCAACAUGCCGGCAAGCAUACGCUCCGCAAUAGUCGCCAGCGCGGCCAUUGUGCUCACCUCGCUCGUCACAUUCAUGGUGAUAUUCGUAGUGUGCCGCUGGAAGCAGCGACGUCAGCGUAAAACCAGCUACACCAAAACAUACAACGCCAUGAAAAGCAAGCUACCGACUGUGGCGAAUUCAUCGCGGCGCUCGUCCUUGCGCAACAUGGAGGAGCUGGUCGGCGGCGUAUCCACGGUGUCGGUUUCGCCGGUACAUCAGCUGCAGCGGCAGAGUUCUCUACUCUUCCCACGCCAUUGCAGUAGUAUGGACGUGGAUGAGUUGAGCGGCGGCACUGGCUGUGGAGGUGGCGGCAGGCGUAGUAAAAUAGUACGCGAAGCGACGCGUAACAGUUUGGGCAACAGCGGCGGCAUUGGCAGUGCCACGGGCAGCACAACAUCGCUGGCGUUAUCCCUGCAGAGCGUACACAACAGCUCCACCAACAGACUCAAUACAAUGGAUCCGAAUUCGCCGGAAGUGCAGGAAUACUUGUUUGAUGCGCUGCGAAAAUCGUAUUAAAGCAAUUUUUGGAAAAAAGAAAAUCUGUUGUAGAAUAAGUCUUUUGUAAGUUUUAAAGUUAAAAACGAGAAAAAAACGAGAAAAAACGAAUAACGGAACGAAUUGCCAAAUGGAAAAAACAGAAACACAGUAAAUUAAAUAUACACUAUAACUGUAAAAAAAAA